GGUGGGUCUAUGAGUAUAUGAGGACUCUCAACCUACUUUCGAAUUCCCAUUUUCUUUAACUUCAUAUUCCGCCGAUCGCGAACCAUCCCUUCCUACGUUCUUCGCUUUACAAGCCUCCAGCAUGGCUUCAUUCCUCAGCCUCGUCCCCAUCUUCCUUAUCUUCUCCCCCCUCGCCGCCGCUCUAACAACCUCGCCCCUCCCGACCGCAUCACCAACAUGCCCUCCAGGCUUCACGCCCGAUUACCGCAACAUGUGUCAACCAGUCAGCUCGACCACAAGCAAUAUCUCCACGCUCUCCUGCCCACCAGGUUACACGCCGGACUACCGCGGCUACUCGUACUGCCGUUUCACCGGGACCCCCACACCCUCUUCGUCAACUUGUUCCCCCGGUUUCACACUAGACUACCGCGGCCGCUGCGUCACCAUGCCACCCGCGACGUCCACCUCUGUGAUCGGGACGUGCAGCCCGGGUUGGACGACGAAUUACAGGGGCUAUUGCGUUCCACCUGUUACGACAUCGACCUCGGGGUGUCCUGUUGGUUGGGCCACAAGCACAAUGUGUGUUCCACCCCCGACCACGCCAAGCUGCCCUGAGGGAUGGAGCACGAAUUACCGCGGCUUGUGCGUUCCGCCGGCUACUACGUCGGCGACGAGUUCGGCUUGUCCGAGCGGGUAUUAUUGGAAUUAUCGCGGGUUUUGCUCGCCGUUGAAGUGAGAUGGUGCGAGUGGAAUCAGGAGUACAGGGUAUGAGAGCGCAGCUCUCCUCUCAUUCUACGGUUCCUUUGGGCAAAAGCACUUGG